GGGCAUUGCAAUUUAUCCUCCCUACCUCGUCUGCUCGCGCUGAGAGCUCAACCCCCUACUCUCACCGCGCCCAGUCUCGCCCAAUUCUGUCCUCCCGUCCCCUGUGUGCGCUACUAGCACAAGCGCGCUUUGAGUUGAAGUGCCCCUUGUCUCGCGACUAGCACCGGUGCACCAUAGCUUCAACUUCCGUCCGUUUCGCCUCGCACUUUUCCUUUCGUAUGGCCCCGGCGGCGAAUUCAACCACUCCCCUUAUCCGCCCCCCGUCGGUCCCUCCGCUCUCCGCGCUCGCCCUCCGCCAUCUCACCGCCGCGGGCCUUCCUUCCCCGCGCGCCGAGCCGUUCCUCCGCGCCCUCUCCUCCCUCUUGCACUCCUGCGCGUCCAACGGCCUCUCGAUUCCCGCCACAUGGCAGCAUGUGGCACGCGCGCUGCUGUGGCCCGGGGUGCCGUUUCCCGUGCACGAGCUGCUGUACGCGUCCGCCUUCGCCGCGUGGGACGAGCGAUCGCACGGACCGCCGCCCGUGUGGGCGCCGUCGCUGCAGGAGGCGCGAGAAACCAAUCUGGGCCGCCUGCUGGACAGCAUUCAGGGCAGGAAGCUUCUAAGAAAGGGCCCCCACGAUUCCCUAGCUUUGCUGGGCGACUUCCUGCAGCUGCAGCGACUGUCGUACGACCAGCCAGAGCUCUAUUGGCCAAUCGUUCUUCGCCACCUGGGCAUCAACUUCCACAAGCCCCCUCAGAAAAUUUUCACCUUGCCCGAUGACCCGGAGGAACGUUUCCGCCUGCCCGGAGGGCGCUGGCUGGUUGGGGCAGAGCUAAACAUUGCAGAGAGCUGCCUGGGGGGCGUUGGGAGUCUGGGGAGAGGGCAUGGGGAGGCGGAGGAGGCAGGGGGGAGGAUGGCGGGGGUGGCGAGGGAGGCGGAGGUGAGCGUUGGGGGAGGGAGGAGAGGGAGGGGGAGGGUGGCGGUGGUGUGGCGGGACGAGUGGGAGGAGGAUGGGCCGGUGCACGGCAUGGCCCUUGGAGAGCUAAGGGAACACGCAGUAGCUGUAGCCUGCUCGUUAAAAGCACGGGGCAUCCAGCCAGGCGACCCCAUCGCCCUAGCGCUCCCCAUGACAGUGCAUGCGGUGGCGGGCUACCUGGGCGUGGUGCUGGCGGGGGCGGCAGUGGUGUCCAUCGCCGACAGCUUCUCUGCCAAAGAGAUUGCUGCCCGCUUGAGGAUAGCCGGGGCCAAGGCGAUCGUCACACAGGACUUCAUUCCCCGUGGCGGCAAGCUGCUCCCACUGUACAGCCGGGUAGUGGAGGCGGGAGCGCCGCCUGCCAUUGUGCUGCAAGCCAAUGAGAGAGUGCCACGUGUAACCUUGAGAGAGGGGGACGUGUGGUGGAGCAGCUUUCUGGCGCAAGGGAAACGGGAAGGAGAGAGCAACAGUCACAGCUUUACACCUGUCAGCAUGCCAGUGGACGCUACAAUCAACGUUCUUUUCUCCUCCGGCACAACGGGCAUCCCCAAGGCCAUCCCCUGGUCGUCGCUCUCCGCCAUCAAGGCCGCUGCAGACGCGUGGGCGCACCACGACCUAAGGGGAAGGGGGGAUUCUCACUGGACACAGCAGGAGGAGGACUCGAGAGGGCAGAAUGAGAGCAGGGGCGCGCACAUGGAAGGGCGGAGGGGCGAGGAGCAGCAGGAGGGCAGCGGAGCACAGCAGGGGGGUGACACAGUGUGCUGGCCCACGAGUCUGGGGUGGAUGAUGGGCCCCUGGCUGCUCUUCGCCGCUCUGCUCAACGGCGCCACUCUUGCUCUCUACAACGGCUCGCCACUCACUCAUGGUUUUGCGCGGUUCGUUCAGGACGCCCGAGUGACGGUGCUGGGGCUGGUUCCCAGCGUGGUGAGGGCGUGGAAGGCCUCUGGAUGCACCGACGGCUGUGAUUGGUCCAACAUUCGCCUCUUCUCUUCCUCGGGUGAGGCUUCUCUCCCCGCGGACUACCUCUGGCUCAUGUCCCAUGCUUGCUACCGCGCGCCCAUCGUAGAGUACUGUGGCGGCACGGAGAUCGGGGGGGCCUUCAUCACAGGCACCAUGCUGCAGCCACAGGCGCUCUCCUGCUUCAGCACCGCCGCCAUGGGUUGCAGAGCGGUACUGCUGGGUGCAGAAGGCGAUGGGGGCGCAGGUGCGGAGGGGGGACAAGGGAAGGGUAGUGGUGGUGGAGUGAAGGUGAUCGAUCCGUGGGAGGCUAGAGGAGCUGGUCGAGGGGGAGUGCGGAGUCCUGCUGGUGGUGCCGAUGGCGGUGGUGAAUCAGAGAGCAGUGGCUGGCUCACGGGGGAGUGUGCGCUCAUGCCCCACAUGCUGGGAGCUUCGUGGAAGCUUCUGAAUGCGGACCACCACAAGGUCUACUUUGAGGGCAUGCCCGAGUUCCAAGGCCAGCGGCUGCGGCGGCACGGAGACGCAUUGGAGUGGAUGGCGGGGGGCUACUGGCGGGCGCAUGGGCGCACGGACGACACCAUGAACCUGGGGGGGGUCAAGGUGGGCUCAGUGGAGCUGGAGCGCGUGUGCAACACGGCCCACCCUGCAGUGUCAGAGACUGCAGCCAUUGGCGUUGCGCCUUGUGGCGGCGGGCCAGAGGAGCUGGUGGUGGUGGCAGUGCUGAGAGGAGGAGGAGGAGGUGGAAGAGGGGUGGGGGAGAGGAGGGAGAGGAGUGAGGUGGAGGAUGGGGGGGUGGAGUGGCUGCCUUCAGAGGGUUAUCUGAGGAAGGUGUUUUCUUCUGCUCUUCAGUCUCAGUUGAACCCGCUGUUCAAGGUCUCUGCAGUGUGGCUGGUGCCCUCUCUCCCGCGCAACGCAUCCAACAAGGUCAUGCGGCGAGUGCUGCGACACCAAUUCAGCCAUCGCCGCACCGCCACAGCCGCCACCGCCACCACGAACAACACCACCACCACCAGUUCUCCUGGUCCUACGCGUGCCGGAGCGACAGGCCACCCAAACUCUCGCCUCUAGUUCUGCCGCACAGAAUCGUGUCUUGUACGUAGUCCAGGUUAUCUCGCGCUUUCCCGAUGCCGUUGUGUUUUGUGGACAAAUGAUGGAUCUUAGAGCAUUCCUACGGAGUGGUGUUCAACACGGGUUCCUGAACACCUUGAUUGCGGAUUCUUACCGAGUCCAGUACCAGGACCA